ACUAAAAGGGAAAUACAACCAAGGUUCAACUUGACGCCGAGUCACAACUCUAUGGAAAUGGAAAGUCGGAGAAGAACAGACCUGAGCAAAGAAGACUUAAUCGGGGAGAAGAACCAAGGCUUAGGUUUCUGUGGUUGGGUUAUCUUCAUCCUGUCUGCUGUGUUUGCAUUCCUCACCUUUUUCAUCAGCAUUUUCCUCAGUGUGAAGAUUGUUAAGGAGUAUGAACGUGCUGUUAUAUUCAGACUGGGACGUAUCACAAGCAGGAAGGCCAAGGGCCCAGGCAUUUUCCUGGUUCUUCCCUGCACCGACACAUUCAUCAAGGUGGACCUGAGGACGGUAUCUUUUGACAUCCCUCCUCAGGAGAUCCUGACCAAAGACUCUGUGACUAUCUCUGUGGAUGGUGUCGUGUACUUCCGUGUCAGUGAUCCCAUUUUGUCUGUGGCUAAUGUGACCAAUGCAGACUACUCCACUCGUCUAUUGGCUCAGACAACCUUGAGGAACAUGCUGGGAACCAAGAACCUGUCUGAAGUUCUGUCUGAUCGUGAGGGAAUCUCACAUGGCAUGCAGAUGUCUCUGGAUGAGGCCACAGAUGAGUGGGGCAUUAAGGUGGAGCGUGUAGAGAUUAAGGAUGUGAAGUUGCCCGUGCAGUUACAGAGAGCCAUGGCCGCGGAGGCAGAGGCUGCCCGUGAAGCCAGGGCAAAAGUGAUUGCUGCAGAGGGAGAAAUGAAUGCAUCGCGUGCACUGAAGGAGGCCUCUCUUGUGAUUGCUGAGUCUCCAUCCGCCCUACAGCUGCGAUACCUGCAGACGCUCAACACCAUCGCUGCAGAGAAAAACUCCACCAUCAUCUUCCCACUGCCCAUGGACGUUAUGAGUCACUUCAUGAACAAAAAGUGAAAUCCAGCUCCUAAAGUUUACAGUCAAAGCUUAGCAUUGUCUGUAUAGAAGCUCUUCACAAACUUUUUGUAUAGAAAUGUUAGAAAAUUAAAAUGAAUAUAUAUAGACAUGACUUGAAAAAUUCAGUGAGAAUGAAAAAAAAGAAAACAAAGGAAAUAUUACAGACCUUAAAUAGUAACUUAGGUUUUGCUGAAGAUUUUCUGCUAAGAUUGGUUUCCUUUAUUUUUGUAUGGCAUAUUUGAUAACAUUCCAAAACAAUGCACAGUGAUGCACAUAAUAUCCCACAUAAUCAUUAUGAACUAUUAUAUAUUAGUGAAGAAAUGUGAAAUAAUCUUGAAUGUUCAUUAAGCUUGUAUUAAAUAUUUUUUAAAUAAAUGUUAUUUUAAAGAGAUUACGUGUAUGAACUUGUAAAGUUCAAAGCUUGAAAUAUAAAUGUACAUUACAUAAAGGAGA